GAAGUUACAUUUAUUUUACAAUCGCAAAGUUGUGCUAUAUUAUCAACUUUUAAAUAUGUUUUCCUCUCUGUCACUGAAUUUUCAAAUUACUACAUAUAUAAUCACACUUGCUUUUGAAGUAUGUUGUGGUAUUACUGAAAAAUCCAUGUUGCGUUUGCUGAAAAAAGAGACAUGUCCAUUAAAAGAAAAUGUUUUGUUUGAAACAUUUUUCGCAUCGGUAGAUUCAUGUGCAUUAAAAUGUUUACAAGAGCCGUUCUGUGUUGGUUUUAACUUUUGUGAAGAUAUAGCGAAAAGGGACAUAACUUGCCAAUUAACCCACACACGUCCACUGAAUUAUGAACAUUGCACAGAUAACAAGUGGAGUUUCUAUGAAUUGUUAAAUCCACAAAGAAAGAUACCAUACAACAAAGAAAAAGUGUGUGAAAAUGGAGGAAUAACGACUGUUGACUUGAGAGACGGACCUGGUUCUGAUCCUUACAGAUGUCAAUGUCCUUUUGGCUUUACAGGAAAAUAUUGUUCAAUAAAACUAGCAAAAAAUGUCGAUUGCGCAGAUCUUUACAAAAAUGGCAAAAGAGAUAGCGGAAUCUACAAGAUUGAUCCUGACAAUCGAGGCAGUUUUAAUGUAUGGUGUGACAUGAACACAUCUGGAGGUGGCUGGACCGUAUUUCAACGUCGUCUUGAUGGUAGUGUUGAUUUCUACAGAGGAUGGCAAGAUUACAAAAAUGGCUUUGGAAAUCUAACAUCAGAGUUUUGGCUUGGAUUAGAUAAAAUAAACAGACUGACAUCUAGAACGCAAAACAAACUUCGCAUUGACCUGGAAGAUACUAAAGGAAACAAGAAAUACGCCGAAUAUGAUUUCGUUUAUGUUGCAAGUGAAAGGCAGAAAUACAAGUUGAACCUUGGAACAUAUUCAGGAACAGCUGGUGAUUCGUUCACUAUCCAUAAAGGAAUGGCAUUUUCGACAAAAGAUUCUGACAACGAUAAAAGCUCUGGCAAUUGUGCAAGCUUGUAUAAGGGCGCAUGGUGGUAUGAAAGUUGUCACCGUUCUAAUUUAAACGGGAUCUAUCAUUAUGGUCAACACUCCUCAUAUGCUGAUGGUAUCAAUUGGCAUGCGUGGAAAGGCCAUUACUACUCCUUAAAAUCCACUUCCAUGAAAAUACGACCUCGUAAUUUUCCACUUAAGAAACAGGCUAUACAGGUCACAUGCCCAGGAGUACAAGGACAGUUUGUGGAAGAAACAUGGCAAAUGGUUUGGUAUUAUUUUAUGUUAUAGUUUAAAACGCACCUUGUACAUUUUGUUACUCUAAAUUUAUUUUUAUAUU